AUGACAAAGUCUCCAGCUCCACAGUUGCUGGCCGACUUGAGUGACUUUAUCAUGGGGAGCACAGUGGCCAAAUGUGCCGUCACCGACUUGGGCAUCCAGUGGGCUGGUUGGGCGCUGGCGGCGGCGUUUAAAACCGAAAAGUUCUACGACUUGGCAGGCUCUGGUACAUUUAUACUGCUUGCCCACCUGAGCCGUCUGUGGGGAGGGGCCACCCAUCUUCGGCAGAAUGUUCAGACUGGGCUGGUGACGGCGUGGGGGCUCAGGCUGGGUACAUUCCUCUUUAUGCGGAUCUUGAAGGACGGCCAGGAUCGAAGGUUUAACAAUGUUCGAGACAGUCCAGGGACUUUCUUUGUUUACUGGACUAUUCAAGCUGCGUGGGUGUUUGCGACUCUGCUGCCCACCUUCAUGCUCAACAGUGAAAAGCGAAACACUCCUUUGGGAAUGAGAGACUACGUCGGCUGGACCCUGUGGGGCAUCGGCUUUGCCACAGAGACCAUCGCCGACCGGCAGAAAUGGAUCUUCAAAGGCGACCCGGAUAAUGUUGGGAAGUUCAUCCAGAGUGGGUUGUGGGCUUACAGCAGACACCCCAAUUAUUUUGGAGAGAUACUUCAAUGGUCUGGUCUGUGGCUCUCAGCUUCAUCGGUGAUGCAAGGGUAUCAGUACCUGAGCGUAGCCUCACCUCUUUUUGUUUGGUUCCUGCUGCGCCAUGUCAGUGGCAUUCCCAUACUGGAAAAGCAGGCCUUAAAGAAGUGGGGGUCGGACCCCAACUUCCAGAACUACCUCACGAACACUCCUCUGCUGUGGCCAUGGCCAAAGUUUUGAUAUUUCCAUGUAUGAGAAUAUACAAUCAAUUUAGUAAAACACAUCCUUUCUGCAAUAA